GUUGCUUCCCAGGCUAUGCUAAGGAAUAGUGAAUCGUUGAGAGUAUUGCAACAACUAACUAGCAAGGGAUUAUUCAAGCACAAACUGGAACCAUACUCAUAAUUUCCAUCUGACAAAUCAAACAGAGAUGAUCGACAGUCUCGACGCGAACUCUCGACUAAAAAGUAACAAGGGUUCUCAUCGUAGAACUUGAACGUCGUCAGCGAUACUAGCUAGCGUAUUUUAGCGUGAGCAGGGUAUUAGUAACUUGUUAUUAUUUUAUUGGGACGUUUCUGGUGAUUCGCAAUGAGACAACUGGAUAACAGUGAAUUUAACAUAAUAUACUAAGAAUAUACCUUGAUAACAUCACCAUAAUCAUCAAUAGUUUUGCUUCUUCGGAAGGUUGCGUGGUAGCAGUGCUAGCUAGCAUGAUAGCUAUGUUGCAGGUAACUAGCUUGCUAGCCAGGGUGUGAAUGUUGACUGACGCUUAGUUAUAAGGCCUACAACUGUUAAUAGAAAAUUGCUUAUUUUAAAGAAGAUUUUAACAUUGCUUAAUGUGCCAUUGCUAACUAGAUUAAUACAAACCGUUCGCUUGCUAGCUAAGUUGUAUUUAAACUCACUAGUUAGCUUCGGUCGCUGGUGUGGAACGAACGAGUUUGUAGCCGGAUAGCUAUAUCUAUUUCUCAUCAAUUUCUACGACAUGGUCGUAGUGCAGCACAGCCCCUUUAGACAUCAAAUUGGUCACCUCUAGAAAUUGUGACUGUUCUGUGUAAACUGACACCUGCGUUACUGCAUUGGGUUAAUGCAGUUUUGCACCAUCCUACAUUUGGGUUUUUUUUGGUGCCACGUUUGACCUGGAUUGAGAUAGCUAGCAAGUCACUAUCAGUCGUCCUGCCAGAGAUAAAAUGUCAGAAAACCAGGGAAACGUGAACAAUAACGUCCCGCUAAAUAACAAUGGCGGGGCGAACAGGAUACGAAACCCUAAUAUCAACCAAAACCCACUCAUCAAUGUUCGAGACAGACUUUUCCAUGCCCUAUUCUUCAAGAUGGCAGUUACCUAUGCCAGAUUGUUUCCACCGUCUUUCAGAAGAAUCUUCGAGUUCUUUGUCCUACUAAAGGCCCUGUUUGUUCUCUUCAUCCUGGCCUACAUCCACAUCGCUUUCUCCCGCUCGCCUAUCAACUGCCUGGAGCACGUGCGGGAGAAGUGGCCGCGCGAUGGCAUCCUGCGCGUGGAGAUCCAGCGCAACUCGUCGCGUGCGCCCAUCUUCCUGCAGUUCUACGACACGGACGGCUUCCAGGGCCUGGUCAAGGAGCCCGAGGGGGAGGGAGGAGCAUUAGCGCUGGGCCUGGCUGCGCUGCAUCACGAGGAGGAGGAGGAGGAGGAGGAGAUUACCCUAGAGAUGUUUGACAACAGUUCUGUGAGGUUUGAGCUUGACAUCGAGCCGCGGCUGAAGCCCUCGCUGAGCGGUGGCGGCGGUGGCCAUGGGGGAGGGGGCCUCAACGACAGCCAGGACCUCUCCUUCAGCCAGGCGCCCACUAAAGGUAUGCAGCCGCUGAGGGAGACAGUCUCCCAGAUUGAGAUGCUAACUCGAGCAGUGUGGCCUCAGGAGGAAUACAUAGUGGAGUACUCUCUGGAGUACGGCUUCCUCCGCUUGUCCCAGACCACCCGGCAACGCCUCAACAUCCCCGUCAUGGUCGUCACGCUGGACCCCAUGAAGGACCACUGCUUUGGGGACAGCUUCAGUCGCCUCCUCCUGGAUGAGUUUCUGGGCUACGAUGACAUCCUGAUGUCUAGUGUCAAGGCUCUGGCAGAGAACGAGGAGGACAAAGGCUUCCUCAGGAAUGUGGUGUCCGGGGAACACUACCGAUUUGUUAGCAUGUGGAUGGCCCGCACCUCCUACCUGGCUGCCUUUGUCAUCAUGGUAAUAUUCACCCUGUCAGUGUCUAUGCUGCUGCGCUACUCCCACCACCAGAUCUUUGUCUUCAUUGUGGACCUGCUGCAGAUGUUGGAGAUGAAUAUGACCAUCGCCUUCCCAGCAGCCCCUCUGCUUACCGUCAUCCUGGCUCUUGUGGGUAUGGAGGCCAUCAUGUCGGAGUUCUUCAACGACACCACCACCGCUUUCUACAUCAUCCUCAUCGUGUGGCUGGCCGACCAGUACGACGCCAUCUGCUGCCACACAAACACCAGCAAACGUCAUUGGCUGAGGUUCUUCUAUCUGUAUCACUUUGCGUUCUACGCCUACCACUACCGCUUUAACGGCCAGUACAGCAGCCUGGCUCUGGUCACCUCCUGGCUCUUCAUACAGCACUCCAUGAUCUACUUCUUCCACCACUACGAGCUUCCGGCCAUCCUGCAGCAGAUCCGUAUCCAGGAGAUGCUGCUGCAGAACCAGCAGGCCGGCCAGGGGGGUAACCAGACGGCCCUGCAGGACAACCUCAACAACAACACCACCACCGCUGCAGCUGGAGCAGUGGCCCCAGCCCAGGGAGGGGAAGCCAACAGCCAGGUCCGACCGCCAGACGAGCCCCUGGCUUCUUCAGUGGCCCAGGCCCAAGGUUCAGCGACCCCGGCUUCCCAGUCCAACGGCCUGGCCAGCAGCGCCACGUCAGAAGGGGCCGUAGGAGAGUUGACAACGACGGAGCUGGACUGGAUGGCGGAGACGACAGCCAUCAUCACGGAGGCCCUGUCCUCCUCCUCAGCCCCCCAGCUGGGGGGGUCUUUGCUGGAGAGCACGGCAGGGGGGUUGCUGGGGGAGGCCAGAGGGGUGGGGAGGGUCGGUGUUUCUGAGGCAGGCCUCAGCGUGCUGGCGGAGAUUCGAAUGGGGGGUGGAGGUGGAAGAGGAGAGGGCACAGAUGGCACCAGUCCCAGCUUGAUGGCAGUGGAAAUCAAAACCAUAGUGGCCUGUAGCGGCAGUGAGGCAGCAUCAGGCCCGCCUUCUCCUCCCUCUCCUCCAAUGGGAGGACUCCCGGAAGCAGAGACUUUAUUCUCUAGUGUCAGUCCCUCCCUUUCUCAACCUCCUCCACACACAGACUGCAGUAGGGCGGUGGCUGGGGAGCCAGAAUGCCCCAGGCAGAGCCCCUUAGACUGGGACCCCAAGACAGAGGAACCCCCAGCCCCACUCCAUCCUGAACCCCCCCCCCCCCUUCUCCUACUCUCUCACACACGCAAAGGAAACGUGUCUUCUUCUCCCCCUCAAUUCCUCUUCCAACACUGCAAGAUGGCCGAUGUGGCUUAUUUACUGUAAUCUCAUUGUUAUGACACCAAGGAGAUUAGAGGGAUGGAAAGCUGAGGAAAAGGUGACCCUGACAUUUUGUUGCCUUGUGAUUAAUUUUUAUUUUUUAUGAUUUGAAAAUUGAUUUGUAAAAUAGACAUCAAUUCUAUUUCAUUGGUGAUGUACAAUUUCUUAAAGAUGAUGAUUCUGUUGGUUAGGGGGUGUCUCGACCGGCUUUGGAAAUGGUAGUGUAUGUUUCCUUUUGAGAGCACAGUGGACUAUAACAGUCAUCACAAGGCUGCAACACAUUAACUAUUGUCCUAUUCAUUCAUUCAUUCCAUCUGGUCCUCAAACCCAGAAAAAAGACAACCCUGUAAUUGAGUUGCUCUAGUGUCAGAGUUGGUCAUUUUCUUUCAGAACUGUGAAACAGGCUAAUAAAGUUGCUGUGGUUUGUAAUCGUACUUAGUCACACCCCACUUCUCACAAGCUCUCAACUUUUUCUCCAGUUUGGAGGUUGUAGUCCUAACUGGCAACCGGCUCCACAAUCUAGCUCUACCCCUGACUGGAGAAUCAUGGGAAAUUGAGUUUAUAUCCACUGUUUGGAGUGUUAAGUAGACCUGCUCUUACGAUGAUCGGUGGGUGGCAGUUGCUCCCCGUAUUGCUUGAGCCAUCAUGGCUGCAGUUUCUCUCGUCUUAACCCCUUUUGAGUGAAACUGCAUCAUUAUUUCCCUCUGGGAGCUUUUCUGUGUGCUGUCAGGACACUAGGCCCAUUCUCUCACCCAUACCUCAUUACCAUGUUUUGUGUCUUUCAAAUUGCUAUCGCUUCACUGUGCAGAUACAACAGAAUCAACUGGAAGGCUUGACCGUUGCCUUAAACACCUGUUUCAUGGUCUUCAGUGUUAAGUCACUAUUCAAGUCCCCAUGGCCCCCAAACUCGGUCCUGGUGCAUGUUUUAGUUUUUACCCUAGCACUACACAGUAGAUUCAAAUAAUCAAAGCUUGAUGAUGAGUUGGUUAUUUGAAUCAGCUCUGUAGUGCUAGGGUAAAAACCAAAACGUGCACCCGGGCUUUGGGAAACCCUGACUUGGACUGCAACCUGUAUUCCAAAAGAGGAGCAUGUGACAGGAAGAAGGAAGUUCUAUAAGGAGGAUGUUUUCUGGUGCAUGGCAUCAGCUGACGGCGGCCCACUCUAAACUGGUAACACACAGGUCUUUGCCCCAGACUAGCACAAGAUGAUAGCAGGCGAUGUUAAAUGGCUUCAGGGUAAAGCUACUGUAACCACGCUAACCCAUCACCAUUACACGUGUCAUUGAGAUCUACCAUUCAGCUGCACAAAGGGCAAGUUGUGAUGUAAUUGCAAGUCUUUGACACCAAUUUAAUUUGGAAAAGAGCGUAUUUAGAAUUCAUAUUUCAUUUUUCUUGUUUUAAAACCUCCAGAUGAUGAUGAAGACUACCUUGGAAACUUUACCAGACUUGUGUGGCCACUGCUAUGUUCGAUAGCACACGAGAGACUAAAUAACUGGACUUGCAAGCCUAGGAAGAUGCUACUGUGAGACAAAAUACCUGUCAUCAGAUGGACCUGACAUCAUGUUUCCCCAUUCUGGAACUAGCUGAACACGGUUCUAACAUGGACAGGGUGUAACACACGUUGAGAGGUUUUGAAAUGAUAACUCCAUAGAAGUAGAAACUGGCAGGGCAGAAUGAACAGGGAAUAAUGACAGGUGUGUUCAAUGUUCCAACUGAGAACAAUCUCCUGACCAGAGAGCUUUAUUUUGAUGAUGCCUUAUGAUUCCGAAUUAGAUAUUAUUAGUGGAAGUGCAUGUUGAGGUUUCCUUGGCAGUCAAAUGGAAGCAGUUUUUUGACGUAUAGUGGCCUCAUAUCAGUGGAAAAUUGUUUAUAUUUCAACGGAAUUACGAUAAACAAGGAACAUUUCGCAAAAUGGGUUAGACUUUUACAUUGUUAGUUCUAUUAAGACAGGAGGGAGUAUAAUCAUUUCUGUUCAGUGAGUUGGGUGGAGAUGCAGUCAUGGCUAUGCAACGGGCAGGACCGAGGACGUGGUUCUGGGUUGAAAGGUCCAAAUUGUGCAAUAUGACAUGAAGUCAGUUUAAAGUGAAAGUCUUGUUCAUUCUAUAAGAGGAGACUUUUACCGAUGCGACAAUAAUAUGCUCCAUCAGUGACGUUCUAUGAUCAGUUGUUUCUUUAUCUGUGCCUAUGGCGUUCUGUAAGAGAAAGUGGGAUGAUUGUAUCCUUGCAACAGUUGCUGUCCAUUUGUAGUUCAUUUUAGACAAUGUAAACGAAUCCUGAUGGACUAGAUUCCUUCUCUCAUUCAAAUGUAUUUAACUGUUCAGUAAACUAAGUGCAGAAGAAGCAUUCUUCGCACAAUUAAUUGUCA